CUGGGCUGAGCCUGUGGAGCUGGGAGGCAGAAGAACAGGACCUGGAGGAUUACAGAGCAGAGCGGCCAGUGCAGAGGGCUGAGGGCUGGAGGAGGAGGUGGCCAGUGCCUCACAGGGGCCUUUGACUUCCAGUCGCGCCUGCUGCUUGCCGGGGGACGAGGCCCUCACCAGCUGAGUUCUCGUCACCAGGAUGGGGAAGCAGAACAGCAAGCUGCGGCCCGAGGUCAUGCAGGACUUGCUGGAAAGCACAGACUUCACGGAGCACGAGAUCCAGGAGUGGUACAAAGGCUUCCUGAGAGACUGCCCCAGUGGACAUUUGUCUAUGGAGGAGUUUAAGAAAAUAUACGGGAACUUUUUCCCUUAUGGGGAUGCUUCCAAAUUCGCGGAGCACGUCUUCCGCACCUUCGACGCCAAUGGCGAUGGGACGAUAGACUUCCGAGAAUUCAUCAUCGCCCUCAGCGUGACAUCCAGGGGGAAGCUGGAGCAGAAGCUGAAGUGGGCUUUCAGCAUGUACGACCUGGACGGGAACGGCUACAUCAGCAAGGCGGAGAUGCUGGAGAUCGUGCAGGCCAUCUACAAGAUGGUUUCCUCUGUAAUGAAAAUGCCUGAAGAUGAGUCCACCCCGGAGAAGAGGACGGAGAAGAUCUUCCGCCAGAUGGACACCAACAGAGACGGAAAACUCUCCCUGGAGGAGUUCAUCCGAGGGGCCAAGAGCGACCCGUCCAUCGUGCGCCUCCUGCAGUGCGACCCUAGCAGCGCCGGCCAGUUCUGAGCUUCACCCACGAGUCCCGAGCUGCUUGUGUCCUUUCCACUCUUGUUUAAUGAGUUGUUUUUUGCCAAACAAUACUGAUGGUGGCACUGUCCUGUGCAGUCGGACGCACCUUCUUCUGUGACACCUUCGCCCGCAGCUUUGUUGUGGUGGUGGAUGCUUCGUGGGAACGCAGAGCCCCGUGUGCUUGCGGAGAGCAUGAACAAACAUGGUGUUGUUGCUUCAUGACUUUCUAACCGUUACUAUUAUUUGUUCUUUGGAGCCUAAUGUCUCUGUUCUAAAACCUAAGACUUGGCAGGGGAGGAGACCCCAUCCAGCCCGGUGAUUCCACUGCAAGCUUUUGGGGGCUUCGUUCGCAAGCCCAAACCCAGCUGGGUUUGCUGUCGCACACACCCUGGGGCCACGGAUGGCACCAGAGGACAGGUCAGCCUCCGGGAGGGCUGUGCCAGGGCACUGGGCACCGUGUAAACCCAUUUCACGGCCCAGUAGGCUGUAGUGUCUAAGCUGUGAACAUUUCAAGGUCAGCCAGGGGUGGACUAAGAGGGCACAGCUGGUGUUUUUCACACGUUUACACUCAUUGAGUUAAUAUGACUUUCUUCAGAAAUCAAACACAGAGGGUAACACAUUCUGAACCCAGACCUGUGUUGUUGCCUGUUGUGAGAAAGAAAGAAAGAAAGAAAGAAAGAAAGAAAGAAAGAAAGAAAGAAAAA